ACGGGUACUGAACGCGACAUCAACACGUCAGUCUGCCCAGACUAAAAAGCAGGAUUUGUUCUGCACCCCUCUCGCUACAGCCCUGGGACUUAACAUCAGGAACAAAUCAGAAAAAAAUAGGCAGACACCGUUUUAAAAAAAGCAGACACCUUUUAAAAAGGCAGACACCAUUUGAAAACAGGCAGACACCGUUAAAAAAGGCAGACACCUUUAAAAUGGCAGAACCUGCUACACCCGUGAGUGAGGCCCCACCCGAGUCUGUCACCGCCACCCCCAGCUCCCAGAAUGCCGGCUCCCCAACCGUCCAAGGCACCCCCAGCUCCCAGAAAGCGGACGAUUCCGUCUUCCAAGACGACACCGAGGCUCCCCCUGCCGGCUUUUCCACCAGCACGCCCCGACAGUCUAAGACCAAAUCGCUGACCGGGUGCCCAACCACACCCAUAACGCCCGCCUCCAGGGGCCGGACGCCCCGCAUACGGAGGGCGCGGACCUUCAGCAGCAGCCCUCGGAUGUUUUCAGUGGACACAAGCACCGGCACCGGCACCGGGUCCGGCUCCGGCGAGUGGUCGUGGGGCAGCGAGUUUAGUGAGGUCGACGAGACUGACCACGCUUAUCACACCAUGGUGGACCCUGUCACGGGGAUGACGGAAGAAGAAAAAGAGAUUCUGCUCAAGUCCUGGUACACACUUGUGGGCGUCACGCCGGAAGAAUUUUUUCGCAAGGGAGAACAGUUUGGUCUGGAUUUCUUACAUUGGAUGUUUGACAACGUGCCCAACAUGAAGAAAACUUUCAAGCACAAGUUCGAUCCCUUCCGACCCAAACCCGCCCUCAGUGCCGACCCUGAGUUCCAGAAACACUGCAAGACGCUGGUCACGUGGCUAGAGUCCAUGAUGGUGAUGUUGUUUGAGCCGACCAAGUUCGAGCAGCAGGUCGUCUACAUCGCUAACAUGCACCUGGCUUUCCCGGAGAAGAUCGGCAUGGCAUACUGGGGGCCUCUGAAUGAAAAGUUCCCCCAGUUUAUCGGCACCGCCCUGGCCAAGCGGGUCAAUGACCGCGAGGUCCAGCUGUGGAGCCGUUUCCUGGGUCUCAUCGUGGCCCGCGUCAAGAAGUCGGAGCAGUACAACAGCAAUGAUAAGUGCUGUUCUCUUCAGUAGUGGGCACGCGGGCUUGUCCAGCCAUACAAUGUUUUUUCAGGACAUUAAGAGCACAAUUCAACUACAAAAAUGUCCUUCAAUAAAUCCCUUGUCAGGUUGGUUGAUGUGUUCAGCCAACGUCUGACAAAAAUGUUGCAACUUUGCACACGUUUCGUGCGCCCAGAGUGUCUGCAGUCCAGCUAAUGUCAGCAGCAGAUGUUGCACGUGCGUCAUGAGUUCUGUCUACAUCUCGUCCUCUCUGUGUCCAGAACACAGACAAGUGGGAGGGGGGUGGGGAGGAGGGGUUGGGUGUCUGUCAUUGAAUGGCUAAAAAAAUAAAACAUCGU